UUUUUCGAACUCUGUCAUGUGAAUAAGACCUUGAAGAAAUCGGUCCACAUCAAGUUGCUGUGUGAGGUGGAGCUGUUGGCGACAGGAAAGCCUUAUGAACUUUGUGACCAGAAACAAGUAUGGCAUCCUGAUUGGAAAGGCCAUGUUGACGACACAGUAAAUGCUGCGUACAUCCAGGAGAUAGUCACAAGGCUGUGGGAUGACGAGAAGGUCCUUCGCAAGCAUACAGGGAAAGGAGAGAUUCCUGAUGCUGACUAUGAACGUGGAAUCAUUAGUGAAUGCGCAAAAUCAUAUUUUCGGAAUAUACACAAACAG